ACACAUGCGUGAAAAUAGCUCUUGUCGUCAAUAUCUUCGUCAUUCGGUGUGUUUUCAUUAGCUUCCAAAUGUGUCUGACAAGUUGAAGGGUAUGCUUCGAAACCCGCAUUGUGUCAUCACAUUUUAACACUGCGGAAAUGCUUAAAUCAUCAGCUCUAUCGAUGAUGGCCAAAGCAAAUAAUGAGCUCUUCCUUUCUGUGGUCGUUGUUUUGAUUUCAUUUGCAUUUGGCGAAGGUUCCUUCGUUACGUACAACACUCAGGUCGGAUGUAACGCAACGCUAGUGUGCAAUCAGCCUGGGAAUGUCACGUGGAUAUAUACAGCUACAUCAGAGAACGUUGAAGGUCAGACGAAGUACAUACAGCCCUACCGAGAACAUAUUGCCGGCCAAUUAUGGGUAAGAUUCCGGUCUCAGACACAUGCCUUCUUUUCAACUUUGUCCAUUAUCGAUGUGUCUAAAAGCGAUAACAAAAAUAUCACUUGCGUGGCAGAGGGACAUAACCUAACUAUAAACGUAGCAGUUUGUUAUGAUAAAAUUCCAUCAGGGCAAUGCAAAACCACAAUCGAUCCCGAUGUCUCUGGUAAGGUUUGCGAUGACCCGUACAUGGUCGAACACUGUAAGAAAUCUUGUGGAUUUUGCCCAGAACCAAAUUGUACGGAGGCAGUUCUCCCUACUUUACCACCCACAACCGCAAACCCACAAACGACCAAGAAUGAUACCCAGCCGACAACGGAAUCUCGUUCAACAGUGAGUUCGUCGACGAAGGAUGUAGUCAAAGAUGAACCUGAUGGAAACAGUGGUGUUGCAUUGGGCUCCGGUCUCCAUAACGAUUUUGUUUUGGCAUCCAUCCUCUUGGCUAUGACGAUUUCAGAGUUCUUAAAUGACUAAGAAUAAAAAUUAAAAUUGGGACGUAUAUGAAGCAGGCUAUUUCCGAAGUAUUAAUGAAGAGUGUUAGACAAGAGGUCUAUUAGUUUCGGAUACGAACUUGGGUUUUCAAACGUUUUGGCUGCUAUUUUGAAGUUGAGCAACCAGACCAAGUCGACCAAGGAAAUCGUAAACUCCGGACUCUGAUAUUGAAAUAAUUUCUGUAAAAAUUGAGUCGAUCACAAAGUAUUUUAAAAAAGCGCUUAAAGUAGAAAUCUUGGUGUAGGAGAUCCCGUUACUAAAAUUUAUUGAGAACUGUAGAUUGUGAAAUUUAGUAAUUAUUAUUUAAGAAAUA